ACGGCGGUGUUGAUUGAAAGCAAUAGAGUGUUUACGUACAGCGCACACAUGUAGGCCUAAAUAUCAUCAAGUUUGGGAUGGAUUUCUCGGCCCUGAUUGCCGAUUUGAGGACAAUUGCAAGUCGGUACAACAGUAAAGACACCGACCGCAAUGUAUCAACAUCUAUGUAUUGCGAAAUGUUUCGCAAGAUUUUACAGAAGGCAGAGAAUGGAGUAUCAGAAUAUGGUGACCAGAUUGUUAUACUGUGGAUGACCCUAUCUCAGCUCUGUAAUACAUACCAGACGUUGACCUCAUGUACUGCCAGAGACAGUCUAUACCAACACAUAUUUCUAUUGUGUGCCAAAGUUGUGCUAAAUAUAAAAUGGCAGCAGCUACCUGAUGAUGACCAGGGAAAGGUUAACUUUUCUCAAACCAUUGCCAAUACACAUCAACACCUUGUUAAUACUGGUUUUAAACGGUUUGAGUUGUUGACCCCUUUGAUGGAAAAUCCUUGGACCGAUCCAACUCUCAGUAAAAUUAUGUCUGGAGAUGACAAAGAGGAAUCUUCUGGGAGUGAUACAGAAACAGAAGAAACAGAAAGAGAAAAAGAAAGAAAAGUGAAGGAAAGAAUGGAUGAGAUAGCUAAUUACGUCCGAAAAGAAGAUUCAUUGAUACUAAAACUACGUGUAGAAAUGUUAAUCUUAGAAAAUUGUGAGGACUUUGCCCUUAAUCUAUGCAACUGUAUAGUGAAGUACGAACCAUUUAAAGAUGAUUUGGAUUUGAGAGAGAUGCAGUUUAAAUUACUUCACAAACUUAACCACAUGGAUAAGCUUCAAGAAGAGUGUGAACAAAUUGUAUGUCAUACUGGUAUCAAGAUAAUAAACAGACUUGAACAAAAGGAAAGUAACCAGCAACUGUGUGUCAGACUUGUCCAGAUUUUUCUUGUCCAAGACUGGAUCAAUCCAGAUCGUAACUGCUGUACAAAGGAAUUACUCAAGCUGUGGAUUAGACACCAGUACAUGGCAGACAGGGAUAGAGCUAAAUUCCUGGAAAAUGUAUGGUCUAUUGCUAAGUUGUCCAGUAAAACAGAACAAAUUUGUGUCCUAGUUACAGGUUUACAAAAAGAGUGUGGGAUAAAGUUACGCCAGCUGUAUACCGAUUUGUGUGUUUAUGCUAUUAAUUUGGACAAAGGAGGGUGUGAACAGGAGAUGAUGCACAACAACAUGGAUGGUGUUAAAGAGAAACAAAUAUCAAUGGCUGCAACUUGUGAAAAAUUGGCAAAUAUUAUUGCUAUGAACAAUCUAAAAGCAGCAAAAGUUAGUGCUUUGACAGCAUUUGCUUUGAAUCCUUCUCGAUCAAACAUGUAUCUAGUGGAAAAAAUGUAUGUGAAUAAAACUUUAAACCAAGCUUCAACUAAGCGAUUAGAAAAAAUGAACAAAGGAAAGGACAGAAGGACAACUCAUGAUGGAGAAGUAAAUCUGGCAACACUGUAUGAGGUGGAACGAAUAUUGAACAUGUUGAGACCAUAUUACUUAAACCCAGAUUUGUCUUGGUCAGAAUUGUUUCCAGUAUGUCAAAAAUUCAUGUUGGAAAAAGGGACAAACAGUUCCAAAGAAACACAAAAGUCUCCAAAGGAGAAAAUGUCUGAUUCUGUUAAAGAUGGACUGAUGCAAUAUUAUUGUGAUGAUACUACACAGUUUACACCGUAUAAACAGGCAGCAAAGGCCCCCACUGGCACUUCUCCGCCAAAAUCACCAUGGACUACCAAGACUGCCACUCAAAGCAAACCAGCUGUUAACAAAGAAUCUAAAUUGAUUCCAUAUGCAAAACUUCAAACUAUGUCUAUUGAAGGAGGUCCAAUUGACAUGACAAAGUCUAAUCAAGAAGCUUCAUUAAAGCCAAAAGUAAAACCAGAAAAAACCAUUGACUUUGCCAAACUUCUGGAAGCAACCAAAAAUAUGCCUCAGAUGCAAGCACUGAGCAAAAUUACAACACAAGUUCCAAAGAAGACACCACCUUCAACUCAUGGAAAUUUUCAAAUACCAUAUGUACCGGGACUUACUACAAAAGAAGUUGAGCGUGCUUUAGUUCAACAUCAAAAAAAUUUGAGUCGAUCAUUUUCUGUAGACCAGUUAACAGUGCAAAAAUCAAAGGUCAGUUCUUCUGAUGUACAUCAAAAACAAGCACAACGUUCUAGAACUCUGUCUUUAGAACGACAGGUCUCAGAACCUGGUCAGAUGUCAGCAUGGAGUUCUGCUACUGAUUUAAGCAAAAUGUCAAAGCAUCGUCCAAAAAUCAUUCCAGAGAGAUCACAAGAUAAAGCUUUAACAUCAUUCCAACAUUCAUUUGGAAGUAAUGCUAACCAAUCUUCCUCCUCAAACAAAUCUUCCCUUCACAAAAGCCUUCCGAGUAAGCAGCUUCAAACAGCAAAAGAAGUAACAAGUACACAAAAAGUAACCAGUGACAAACAAAGUGCUACAACCGCAACUCCAGCACGUAGAAGUAGACAGCCAUCAAAAGAGGAGCUUCAAAGUAUUGUUGACUGGUUACAAAUUGGUACAGAGGAUGCAAAAAUAAAUCCACAGCUUGUUUUAAAACAGUCAAAGGAGGAAAAUGUAGGAUUGGUUCCUAAAAAGAAGAAAGAAGGUUCAACAAAAACUAGCAGUCAGGAUAAUCCUGUUCAAUAUGUAGCGUUUGGAUCUAGUCCGAGUCAAGCUUUUCAAAAUACAAAACCUGGUCAGCAGUUAAAAAUUAAGCGUGAUGAUUCGAAAAAUUUUGCUAGUCAGGUGAUGACAAAAGUUGGCAUCAGACCAGGAAUGACUGAAGAACAAAUAAAUAUUGCCAAAAUUAAAUUGAUAAUGCGCCAACAACAAGAGGAGGCAUUAAAGGAAAAACAGCUAAAGGAACAACAGAAAAAACAACAACAGGCGUUGUCCAAAGGAUUCUUGUUGAUUCCUGGUUCAGCCCAUAUGGUUAUGCAAUCAAAACUGCAAGGACACAGAACUAAAUUGUUACAGGAAAAAAACAAACUGAAAACUGCAGUGCAACCUUCAAGUCCAUCACCAGUAUCAACAGUAACAACAACAACAGUGACAACCUCCAACUAUCAGCCUCAACUUCAGAAUAUUGGGUCACAUGAUGGAUAUAUGUUUGUCAACCAGAUGAUCCAAUCAACAAAACAGCAAAGCAAAAACCAAACUGAUUUAUCAAAACAGCCAACACUUAAUCUCGGUGCUCAACCAAUAACUAGUCAAGUUUCUACAUCUUUGUCAUCUUCUGAUGGCCAUUCCAAACCUUCCAAAUAUCGAGAGGUUGACAUUCAAAAUGCAUUGCAAUCUUUAUCAAAAGUCCUGGAUAAAUCAUCAACAUUUCUAAACCAGAAUACAACGUCCUUUAGCAAGUCUAAUAAACCUAAAGAAGAACGACCUGCUCGUCCAGCAUCAGCCAUGCCAAGUCUCAUGUCAACCACAACAAUUGUAGUAACAACACAACCAAGAUUAACAUUAUUACAGUCAUUUACAAGUUCUCAGACAUCCACUACUGUAACUUCUGCACAAAAGCAACAGAAUGUUCAAGGACAAAACUCAGCAUAUCAACUUUUGUAUCUAGGACAAAUUAAAACUGGAAAUUCAUCUGAAUUAACUCCAAUCCAACAAUUAAGUGGUGCUUCAACAUCAAACAUUUCUAAUCAAAUGAAUAGUGUUCCAGUGCAAAAUACGAACUCUGUGAGUUUAGCUUGUCAAGGAAUGGCUGUUCAAUCACUUCCCAUUCAAAAUCUGAAUAGUCAGUCAUUAGUACAAAAUUUUGGUGCUCAAAACCUGUCGAUUCAAAACACUUGUUCUCCGUCAGUUCAAACGGCUAGUACUGAAAAUGUAAUGCUGCAAGGACUAGGAGCUGUGUCACAGCCAAUAGAAGAACAGACAUUUAGUGCUCCAAAUAUGACUUUACAACAAAUGAAUGUUCAGGGAAUGGCAGUUCAAACGAUGAACCCUCAAAACAUAGCAAUACAGGGCAUACAAGCUGAAACAAUGAAUACUCAGAACAUGGUAGUACAGGAUAUACUGCCUCAAGCUGUUCAGACAUUAAACAUUCAAGGAAGUAACACUGAGGGAUUGGCUAUUCAAACAGUGAAUACACAGAAUGCUAUAGUACAAGGAUUUGGUGCUCAGACUUUAGGAUUUCAAACAAUUAGUGGUCAGACAGACAUUCAAACAAUAGGUGGUCAGACUAACAUGCAAACUAUUAGUGCUCCAGAAUUUAGUGUUCAAGGAAUCACAAAUGAUAACAAUAUUGUACAGAUCAAUCAGCCAGUUGAGUUUCAAGGACUAACUUACCAGCCUUCUUUAGAUACAAACUCUCUAGCACUUGGGCAUGUGAACCAAGGCCAGGCCUUUAUUGGUGUCCCUAAUAUACCACCAUCUUCACAAACAAUAGGCUUUACAAGUUUGCCUGAUGGAGGCAUUAGCAUGAACAUAAAACGUGCAGUUCCGAACACCAGUGUCACGUUUACAAAUUCAACUAGAGUAAUGUCUGCAGAAGUGUCUACACCAACAAACAUUUUGCCAUUAAAUGGUCAGAAUUCAUCCACAAUUAACAAUGUAAUCAUACCAGGGAACAACUUGACCUUGACCCAGACAACUGGUCAAGCACCAAUGAAUUUUAUUGGAAACAUGUUACAAGGAGGAACUAUAUCAAAUACCUCUAUUACGGGAAAUGUUAUAUCUUCUGGUCCCGCUUCAUUUAAUCUGGUUCACAACACAACAUUGCAACCAGGACAAAUUAUUCUACCAAACUCUUCUAAUGUGCAGAAUAAUUUGACAAAUAGCUUAAACCAUCCAACGGCAUUUGUUCCUGGAAUUAAUACAACACCAGUCGCCUUUGGUACACCUUCACUUUCUACAUCAACACUUAACUUGAACCAACCAAUGACAAUUCUUCCUGGCAUUAAAACAACACCAGUCGCCUUUGGUACACCUUCACUUUCUACAUCAACACUUAACUUGAACCAACCAAUGACAAUUCUUCCUGGCAUUAAAACAACACCAGUCGCCUUUGGUACACCUUCACUUUCUACAUCAACAGCAAUAUCUCCAAAAAUGCCAAAACAAAAUGUUUCAAUACUGCCAAAAAUAGCAACAACUACCAAUAAUGUUUCAAUACUGCCAAAAACAGCAACAACUACCAAUAAUGUUGUUGUUGGUCCUUUUAGAUUUGUCCCCGACUCUUUAGUCACAGUUCCAGCGAGUUCAAGUUCACAAGGUUAUUUGCUUCCAGUCACAAAUUCUGCACCGACCAUUCUUCCAAGUUAUGAAAGUAAUCCAGCAUCAGCAUCAAAUUUAGUAAAUGUUACUAUGUCUGUGGCUCAACCAAUGGACAUGACUAUUCAGUCACCAAUAUUAGAGGCCAUGUUAAAUAGAGGAAAGGGUGGAACUCUGGAAGCUUCAAGUAACAAAAUAACUGAAACUACCCCUGUGACACCCAAGAAACAUAACUUUGAAAUUGUAAGACGGGUCAGUGCAAGUGAACUUGAAAGGGAGACUAUAAGCACUACUUCAAGCUUGAGUUCUAUGUCUAGUAAAUCAGUUAGCCUUGUAGCAAGCAGUGAAUUUCAACAAAAUAAUGUUUCAGAUAUCAACAGUGUUCCAGUUGAUGAAAAUUUGAAGUUGCUUGGAAAUGUUGAUACUACAAUACCUACACAAUCUGGAAUAGACAGUUUACUAACAAAUACCAUGUCACCUAUCUCUAAUCCAUCUGGUUUAAAUAUUGUUGACGUUCAUAUUACCACUUUUAGUAAUGAGAAAAAGGAGAAUGAAGCACAGGAUCAUUCCAGUAGUGAAACAGCAGAACAAACUUCAGACAAUCAAAAUACGCUUUCAAGUCCUAAGUCCAAGUAUUCUGAAAAUGAUAAACAAGACAAAAGUGGGACAAAGUUGUUGUCAGACACUGUUCAUGAAAACUUUUGGAAGGAUUUCAGUCGUUUUAAGGAGAGAUUGGCAAGUAAUAAAAAGUCUAUAACCUCGGCAAGUAAAGAUGAUAAAAAUAUUUUAGAAAACAAUGCAGAACAUGAGGACUCCUGUGAAAUGACAGAUAAAGAGUCACAAAAUAAUACAGAGGUCAAUAAGAGUUUAGAAGAAUUUACAUACAGACAGCUUAUUGACAAAAAAAUCACGAACAUAUUGUGUAGUCCAGAGAAAAGUUCUGAUGUUGAAAAGAUGUCAAAUGAAUCGAAUAAUCAGUAUGUAAAACCUACUUGUGACUUACAAGAAAAUGAUCCUAAAGCUUUAAACGUAGAAAAGGUUGACAACAGUCAUGUGACAGGAGAGAAAGCAACUUUAGUGUCUGAAUAUAUCAAUGCAGACAUUGGUCAGAAUAACACACAGAAAUCUAACAUAGACAAUACAGAGAUAAGUCUGGAUGUACUAUCACCUCCGAGGACAGAAAUCAUAGAAACACACACAAAGAUGGAGGACUCCAAGGUAGAAUCUUCUACAAGGAUGGAUGAGAUAGACAUAGGGGAUCGAUAUUACAAUAGUGUGGAUGAGGAAAAUAUGAAAAAUGGAAAUAAUGAUUCAGGUUCUUUUGGAAAUACAAAUUCAGAAAUAGAUCAGUCCCUUCAUGACGCUGAUAUUCAAACUAAUGAAAUUAUACUAGAAAAAGAUAUGCAAAGUCAGGUUAAAAGUGAACUUGAUACAAGUGUUGUGUUAUCAAAUGCAGAUUCAGACAGUGAGAAACAAUGUAGUAUAAAAGUUGACAACAUUGAAUUGUCUAAUGCACAUUAUGUAGUAUCAGAAAAAGAGAAGUUAGAUAGGGAAAAAGGAAUGGUGGUACAUUCAGAUAGAAGGACAGUUUCUGCAGUUGGCAAUACGGUUACUGCUGAAAAUGAUAAUGAUUUAAAAACUUCUGAAAAUGUGGGAAAAUCAGAAGAAAAACCUGAUAGUGAUCAUGAGGAAACAAGAGCAGAGAUUGAAGGAGAUCAAAGUUUUAAUGAAGCCAAUGUUACAGUGAAUAAAACAACAAAUCAAUUUAGUCAACUUGUUGAUUAUUCAGAAACUUCUGAUUCUGAUGCAAAUUUAGACAAAGGAUCAAAACUUGUCAACAUCGUGGACUACCCAGAAUCGUCAGACUCCGACACAGAAAAUGAGAACCUAGGGAAAAAUGUAGAUGUUCUCAAACCAAGUGUAGUUACUGAUACUAUUGUUCAGAAAAUAGAUGAACCUUCCAAAAGUUCCAAUUUAAAAACAAAACAGGAUAUUGUAGAUAGUGAUACAGAACAGACACUCAAACAAAUAGCUACACUGAGUGACAUACACCAAGAGACCAAUGAUGAUAAAGUUGUAACAGAUUCUCAUGGUGACAGAAUCGUUUUCCCAGAUCAGGUAUCGGAGAAUGCUGAAGAUGUCAGCCUGUCAAGCAAAGAGGAGAAUGUGCAGAAAGAUGAGAUAAGAUCUCCAUUAUGUAACAAGGAAAUGGAGGUAUCAGUGUCAUCAGUUAUCUCACCACCAUCAGAUAAGGUUAAUACUCAGGACAUCAAGGAAGUAUCGAACUCGUAUGAUCUUGCUUCAAAAGACAGAGAAAAUGUGAAAAUCAGUGGUUCAAAUAAUGAAUGCAUUCAAGCAGAAUCUGAUCUGUAUAUUGAAAAUAAUACUGAUCUUGAAAAGUCAGAACAGAGUGAUUCUGAAAUAAACAAAAAUGAUUCUGAUGCCACGACACCAAAGAAAAAUGAUUUGGUGACAAACUAUAAAAAAUUAAUGGAUGAAAUGCUAAGUUUAUCUUCGUCGAAACAAUCAGCUCAGCUAACUCAAAGUAAUGAUAAAUUUUCUAUGAACAGAAGUUUUGGUUUUGAUGAUUUAGAAAAGAAUGAGUCUGCAUCAAGACAGAAUGGCACUCAAGAUAGGUCUCUCGAUAGUUUUAGUAUUUUUGCUGAUGAUUGGAAUAAGCUACCAGAAAGUUGCACACAGAGAGACUUAACUACAAGAAGUUUACCUGAUGAUUGGGCACCAAGAUGGUCAAGACAAUUGGAGCACUCCUUUUCGAAGGAAGGAAGAACUCUUAAACGGUCGUUUUCAGAUGUUGAUCUGUCUAAAAUUGAUGGAAAUUCUUCAGAUUUUGAAUCUCAGUCUGUUAUAUCUGAUAGAGAGUAUCAAGAAAAGAGUCUACAAGGAUUUCAGAUGUCAGAGACCAGAAAGAAUAAUAUCCCAGAAAGUUUUCACAUGUAUAAAUUGAACUUUUGUGGGAAAAGUGGAAAAUACAGAUUAGCAUUGCCUCAAUUAAAAUCCAAUAAAAUCAGACCAAAACCUCAAACCUCUUUGUUAACUUAUAAUGAAUGGAAGAACAAGGAUAAAACUGUUGAAAUUGUCACUCAGCAAAUAAUAGAAUCGGUACCCAUCAAACCAGAAAUUCCAAUAGGAACAUUAAAGGAACGUAAACUACAAGAUAAACCAAAAUGUAAAAUAUGUCAAAGAACAUUUGAUACAAUCAAAAGAUUGCAACAACAUGUUAAACAUCCAUGUCGAAUGGACCUUCGCAAAACGCUGGAUUGUGAAUAUGUAUUUACAUGUAAUAUAUGUAAAGCUUCUUUACAAACUGAAUUUGCUGCUAAACUUCAUUGUGAAGUUUGUAACGGGAGAAAUGUGGAUUCCGGUUACAGUACGAAUACUUACUUUAGAUGUAAAAUGUGUGGGGAAAAGUUUAUCUUACAAAAGAGUGCUUGUGAUCAUGUGGAUAAGUUGUGCAAAAAGUUACCUAAGCAUGGCCAUUCACCAAAACAUUCAUUUACUUUAGAAAAAUCAGAAUCGCUGAGUAAUUUAUUGACGUUGUCUACAGAAAAAGACAGUAGUGAUAUGAACAAUGAAAAGUCAAUCACAAAGCAAAGAAAGAAAUCAGAGGAAAGCAUUAAAGAAAAAAAUCAUUCUAAUGCUGUUAAACAGGAUCGACAGAAAAACAUGGAAGAUGAACCUGAUAACCUGUCAGUCAUCCCAAAUAUUAACCCCAAGGUAGGGGUCACACAGGAACUUGCCGAAAAUGAAAUGUUACAAGCAACGCAAGACUUAAAAGUUCUUGAAAUAAAAUCUAAGAGGCAGAAAAUUGAAUUUGAAAAAGAUAUAGACAAUGAAAGUGUGAAAAGUUUUUCAACAGAAUCAUCAUAUGUUACAAUAGAUGCCAGUGAAACAUCAUCAAUCAAGAGUGGUGAUUACAAGCCAAGAGCUGUUCAACAGAAACAUUCAGCUAGGUUGAUUAACAAAAAAAUAGGUAAAAGAAUGAUUAAAGCCAAAAAGUUCUUUGGUGAUCAGUUUGAAGUCCCAGAGUUUGUUGAGAAACAAGCGAAGAAGGUUAAUUUAAAGAGAAAAUUCAAACCAGGUUAUAGAUCGAAUUUAAAUAUUUCUCCAAAACUUAGGAGAGCAUUGAAAAACAAGAAAAAUUCUAAAGUAAGAAAAACAAUUGAAGCUUUGAAAAAUAAGAAAAUUUCUAAAGUGAAAGAACAAAUUAAAAUAAACUCUAGGUGGAAAAACCAAAAUAAAGUGUUAAAAGAUGACAUAGGAUUUAAAGUAACCAAAAGUAGGAGAGAACUUACAGAAAAGGUGACGAGCUACAAAAGAGAGAACUUUACAAUCGCUGACAGUAUGGAUUUAUUCAAACAUUUAACCUUUGAAAAAAAUGGUAGGAAAGUUUUCAGAUGUCCUAUAAGAAUUUGUAGAGGACCUUAUUCAACUCAGUUUUCUAUGAUGUCACAUUUUGACAAGCGCCAUAAUAUCAUAAUGUACAAGAAAACAAAAAGUAAAGACUUUCAGUGCACAUAUUGCAGUUUCCGUGGUAACAGUGAAAACAAAAUAGUUGCACACUCAGCAAACCACUUGACAGAUAUCAUCAUUGACAAUAUCUCAAAUUCUUCUUUGAAUGUGAUAACAGGCUUGUUAUCAAUGAUAAACCAAAAAGAAAAUGAAAGCAUAAGUCAAAGUCAAGACACAUUAUCGAUUAAUAACAAAACUGUUUCAAAAGUAACGCAAGUCAUAGAUAAUGAUUCUAACUCUGGUCAGGAUAUAAGCAGAAACAAGACUUCUGUCAGAACAAGGAAAACUGGUAUAAUUGAAGAACUUGGCAUACAGGAGGAGAAAAUAAGAAAGGAAGUAAAAUGUGGUGUUAAGGACGGUAUGGUCAGCAAAAAGGGGAAAGAAGAUACUAUUAUCAUUAAAAGCUCUAAAAAGACAAUCGAGAAAUUACCAAAGAAAGAAGUAAAAUCAAAUAACAAUACCCCAGAACAGCAUUCCAUCCGUGAGUCGAUUCCCGAGAGACAACGUAGCAGACGGCACAGUGAAAAGAUUACUCCUGAUAAGGAACUGGCCAUAAAGACUGAGACUGAUAAUGAAUUUGAAAAUAAUCAGGAUUUACUUCAAUCACCUGAUUCGUCUUUUGUAAGGAGAAGUUCUCGGAAGAGAACAGAUGGUCUAUCAGUGUAUAAAGAUUUCCAGCUGUCCAAUAAAAAGGCAUCAAAAUCUGUUGAAGAGGACGAUGCAGGAUGUAGAAGUGAACAAAAUCAGUCACAGUGUGAAAUAGAUGUUAAAGAAGGCAAAGUACUCAACAAGUCUUUCAAUACUAGAAGUUCUAAGACAAAUAAUACAGACAUAGAUAAUACAUGUACAAAUAAAGAUCUAAAGAAAGAGGACACAAGAGAGAAAUUGAAUGAUAAAACAGUAACCUCAAGAUCUAGAAAUCAUAAAAGGGAUUCAAAUUUAAAGGAGACAGAAAAUUGUGACAUUGCUGAAAAAACAAAUGAUAAAAAAGUGAUCACAAAGUGUAGAAACUUAGACAAAACUUCAGUAAUGAAUACUAGAAAGUCAGUGGAGAAAAAGUCUCCUAAAGUUGAACUUGAAUCAGAUUUGUCAAGGUCACACAACACAAGGAGACGACAUUUAAGUUUAGAAUCAAAUUCAAGUAAAAUUUCUGAUUCAGCAGCAGAAAAUGGGAAAAGUGAGAAGUCAGAAAUACCAUCUAAACGCAGUAAUAGGAAAAGACAUUCAAGUCAGGAAUCAGAAUCAAGUAAAACUUCAGUUAUAACGGCUGAAGACGUGAAAAAAGAGGCAAUAGAAGUAUUGUGUACACGCAGUACCAGGAAAAGGCAUUCAAGUUGGGAAUCAGAUGCAAGUAAAAUGUCUAACCAAGAUAAAAAAAUCAAAAGGGAAAAUUUUAACUCAGCUGAUAAGAAAAAUUGUAAAAAGGACCAACACUCAAGCAAGAAGAAAAAACGAGUUUCUAGAUCUGAUCAACAAUUACUAGAGGCAAACAAAAAUUUAACGGAGCCUCAGCCCCGCAAACGAGUUAGUUUGGGAGAAAAGGCAGAUGAAAUUGAUUGUUUGAAAAGUGAUAGGCAUUUAAGAGACCGAAAAUCAGUGGAAAAUAGUAAAGAAAUGAAACAGAAAGAUGGUAACAGCAGUAAGAAGAAGAAAGAGUUAUCUAAGACCUCGGAGGGAGGGAAGGAUACUCAGAAUGCCUUCCUUGACAGUUUUAAGCAAUUUGUCGGAAUCUCAAAACCAACCUCUGUCUCAAAUCCAAUCAAAAGUCUCAAGCAAGGAAAAUCCCAUAAACUUAAAUCUCAGGCAAUAAUUCAUCAAAGAAAGCAGUUAAGGAAAGUGAAAGAAGGGAAGAUUCAUGUAGAACAGAAUGCUAUAAAUAAGAUGGAACUUGUUGAUCUCAUUGAAAUAAAAGAUUUCAGGAAAUCAAACAAAAAUACCUCUAAGGACAACAAAAAAGUAGAAGUUAUAGAUCUGACGGAAGACUUGGAAAGUGCAUCUACUAAACAACAAUUAACCAAAGAAGCGGGUUCUUCAUCAAAUUCCAAAUUGAAUAAUUCUACCUCACCUUCUCAUAAGCCAUCAUUCCUUGAUAGUUUUCUGGCACAUGUUAGUAUUGACUCCAAUAAAUUUGACGUAAAAAACUCGUCUAAUAAGAGGAAAAAUGAUUUUUCAUCAAACUUUGAUGCUAAAAUCAAGAAGACAAGCUCAGAGAAACCUGACCGUAAGAUACCUGAAAGCCAUAGCCAUGACAGAAAAAAUCUGAAAGGUUCAAAUAAACAACAUGCAAAGUCAGAGAAGGCUCCUGAUGAACAGAAGAAGUCCAUAAAGGAGCAGACCAGAUCUAAAGGAGCAGAAAAGGCAAACACAAAAUUGAAAAACCAACAGAAGGAAACAUCCAAGAUAAAAAAUAUUGAAGCUAAAAAAUUGACACAAAAUUGUGAUGAAAAGAAGAAUGAUAAGAAGUCAGGGGUUGAUGACAUGAAAAAUAAGCAAGCAAUUGUGGAGCAAAAAAGUAAAAAUAGUGGAGAAACACAGGCUGCAAAGGAGAAAAAUGAGAAUAAUAAAAGUUUGAAAGGGAAAAGUGACAGUUCGAAGAUAGAGAAGAAAAAUAAAGGAACCUUGUGUAAAUCACCAGGAGGGGAGUCCCCAUUUCAAAAUAGUUUCAUGUCAUAUAUAGGAUCAAACACUUCCCUCAGGCGUGAUAAAUUAUCACAGAAGAAAUCCCCGUUCAAAUGGGAACUAGAUGAUGAAGAGACUGACAGCACUAAACAUUCUCAAAUGAAAACAUACGAGAAGAAGUCUGGUCGGUGCAUUGAAUCAAAAUCUAAUAAACAGAAACAGUCUGAGGAGGAAUGUAGUGAGUCUAGAUAUUGUUCAACCUUGGUUAAAAGUACGGAAUCUUUAACUGUGGAUAAAAGUACUGAAUCUCCAACCGUGGAUAAAAGUACUGAAUCCGGCAAAAGUCCAACCUUGGAUAAACGUACUGAAUCUAUCAAAAGUUCACAUAUAAAAGGCAGUGAAAAUAUAAAAUCUAAAGAAAAUACUGAUGCAGAUGCUGAUAGUGAUAAACAAACUUCUGAUAAGUCAGAAUGUGUAAAUAUUUGUACCAAUGAAAAAUCUGAGAAACCAGUCCAACACCAUUCAGAUACUCUGUCAAAAAAACAAUCUACUCAAUCAUCAUGUCAAGGUAGACAGCCUCCUAAAAUUAAGGGAAAAGAUAAAAACAAAACAAAAUCUACUAUGAAAAAAUCCACAAAACCUAAAUCAGAUCAGAAAAGUGUGGAUAACAUUGGUAAGAAAACUUCCCGGAAAUCUUCAAAAAGUUCUUGUGACAAGUCUUGUGGGAAUAAAUGUUCUGUAGAUGGAAAAAAUACAGAUAGUGACUUUGAAAAACAUUUUGAGAAAUUUCUAUCUACUGCAUUAAAUACUGACAUGGAUUUGGAGGAGAGCGAAUCUCAGAAAAGUUCUAAAGAAUCUGUGAAAUUAGAUAAAGUGAAAAAAUGUAGUGUUAAUAAAGGCCACAAACAUAUUACUGAAGUAUCCUCAGUUGUCUCUAAAACAGGUGAAAAGAAAAUUGUUAAAAUGGAAACUAAGUCAGUUUCUUCUACUCUUGAUCGAACAGUUGCUUCAACGUCAGAUCGUGUCAAGACAAGGCCUGCUUUUCGUGGCUUUUCAUCAUCAAGUGCUGGACACUUUUUGAAAAAUCGUAUAGCGAGAUACAAUUUACCAUCACCUCCAAAGAAGAGAUAUUCUUCAAGGACACCUUUUGUUGUGCCUAAGAUUACAACAAAUAAAAAACUCAUUCCUAUUUCUGAGUUUAAUGUUUUAGACAGUCAGGAGGCUAAUGCUAAAGAAAAAGAAAGUUCCGACACUAAACCAGAAAUCAAAUCUUCCACAUCCACUCAGCACAAGCUUGUUCCUGUCGAUGCUCACCGUAUAAGGCAUAUGUACCAUGGUGGCAAGGUCUGGCAAAUUGGGCAAGGAUCUGUCUCUGCCACUAAUUUAUCAAGUCCCACAAAGCAUCAGCAGUCAAAUUGUCAAAAAAACAAGGCAUCAAAUAUUGAACAGGCAAACUCGGAAAGCGUGAAUGUUAAUGAUGAUGUUCAGAAAGAGAUAAAGUCAUCUGACCAGGAUGACGAUAAAGACAGUGAAAAACAUAAUCGAUGGAAAUCACAGAAAAGAUCGGCACCAACUGAUGACUAUAUGGAGAGUAAACGAACAAGAAAUUCUCCAACUUAACAUGUUAGGAAUUAGUAUAUUGGAUUUCUUUUAAUGAACACAUCUUUUUUUAAGCAGACAGGAAAGAUUGUUUGAGCAAAUUUAUCAUUUAAGUGUUGAAAAAUAAUCCCCUGCAAUUUUUUUGUUCUUAGUAUAGAAUGAGUAUUAGUUAAGUCCUUGUCCAUUUUAUCAUAUAUUAUGCAUAUUGUACCAAGGGAGGGCACAUUAUUAAAAAUGGGUUACCCACUAGGAGAAGCAAUUUUAUUUUAUUUUUUUGUUCAUUGUGUUUAGGAAAAGUAGUUUUAGUCACUGAGCUGGAGAUUUUGGUUAAUUGGGUAUCAUGCAUGUUUUAAAGCAACAGCCUUUAAUCAAAGAGAAUUAUGUAAUCAAGUUUGAAAUUUUUAUGAAGUUUUUCAUAUGUAACAUGUGUUCAAAAUGUUAAAAAGUUUAGUUUCUGUUCAUGGGUUUAUUAGAAAACAACUUUAUUGCAGUAAAAAUAAAAAUGUUUUUUUUUCUUAGAUUUUUUUUCUGCUUUGCUGCUUUGUUUCUAUGUCUAAAGCAAAAUGAAACGUUCAUCAAAGAUUCUUCACAUGAGCUUCAAUGUGCUUUCUUUUUGUAUCAAUUCUACAGGAUUUCAUCAAAAUGUGUACGAUUCAAUACCUUUGUUUUACAUUAAACAUUUUCCAUUCAGAUUGUAUUUUUGUGUUUUGUGGUGUACAUAUUUUUACAACCCAUUAUACAGGUGAUUUUUUAUAUUUGCUUUGUGUCGCUGAAUUUUAUUUUUAUAGCAGAAAAUUUGGUAUAUACUUGUCUUUCGAUGGAAAAUUAGAACCAUAAUGAUAAUCAACAGAAAUUGAAUGUCUUAAAAAUAAUUAUAAAAGUUUUUUUUUUGUCUUCAGAUAUUUUCUUUAACAGACAACAGUUAGAUGUCUUUUAAAAUUUAUUUGGUUAAGUUUUAAAUUAAGUGUUUUACGAUUUAUGAAUGGGAAAGGACAAAUCUAUUCUUUAGUAUUUCAUAUAAACUAUAUUUGUAUAUGGGGAAAUAAUUGUCCUCUUCAUAACCACGAUGAGAAACAUGUUUUUUCAUUAAAUGAAAUACCAACAACGUCAAAAAUAGUACCAUGUGUAGAUUAGAAUUUGAAUUUUAUUAAAUCUUGUACUAACGCUUGUGGAGAUUUUUGUAAGGCAUUAUUAAUAUGUGUGUUUUUUUAUUAUGUGGAAAUUAUGCCUUCUACACAUAUUAUAAAAUAGCUUUUAGAUUUUAUUGUAAAAAUAAAACAUUUGUAAUAUCUAUCUGAAAGUAAUGCUACAUCCACAUAAUAACAAAAAUCAAAGAAGAAAUCAUUGUAUAACAUUUUCAGGAAAUCUGAAUAGGGAAAAGUUAUAUGUAAAUAAACAUUUAUAUCAUAAAUUAUUUAUGUACAGAAAUGCCACUUAUUUUAAAUAUAUACAUGAACAAACUGUUCCAUAUUAUACUAAUUGUAAGUACUCAUGUUCUCCUAUUCAUGAGUGGAUAUUUUAGUUUUGAAAUGAUCCUCGAUAAAUAUUCAUGAGAUAAAACAGGGCAGAGAUAGCCAAUAAAUUAAUUGGAAAGCAAAAUGCUGUGAAAUGUGUGAUAGUAUAAAACUGUUCCUAAACUAGAAUAUUUUCCAGAAUUGUUGAAAUAACUGAUUUUGCACAAUGUCAUGCCUUUUAUUUACUUGUUAUAUCUUACCUAUGUCUUUAAUGUUUGAUUAUGGAAAUUCCCCCAAAUGAACCUUUUUUUAUGAACAAUUUGUUUUCAUGGAGCCACUACCACAAAUUUUAUAAUACUUACAAAAAUUGAUGUCUGCAAAAACUUUGUCUAUAGAGAAUACAUUCUCAUGAGAGAGCAUUGCCUAUAGAGAAUACAUUCUCAUGAGAGAGCAUUGCCUAUAGAGAAUACAUUCUCAUGAGAGAGCUACCUAUAGAGAAUACAUUCUCAUGAGAGAGCUGCCUAUAGAGAAUACAUUCUCUUGAGAGAGCAUUGCCUAUAGAGAAUACAUUCUCAUGAGAGAGUGCCUAUAGAGAAUACAUUCUCAUGAGAGAGUGUCUAUAGAGAAUACAUUCUCAUGAGAGAACUGCCUAUAGAGAAUACAUUCUCAUGAGAGAGUGCCUAUAGAGAAUACAGUCUCAUGAGAGAGCAUCAACAGAAACUCAAAAGUUGCUUCCGGAAAUAGUGCCAUUCUAUCAAUAAAUUUCAGGUAAUAAAUCAAAAGAAUUGUUUUUAUACUCUCAAACCUACCAACAACAUAUUUACCUCUUAGUGUAACCUUUUUUUCUUAAAAAUUUGACAUCAAGGUUUUCAACAUAAGCAAUAAUUGGAUUAUUUUUUUUUAGGGGGGGGGGGAGAAAAGGGGUGUGCUAAGUGUAAUCCUUUGAACAGUAUUUGUUUUAAUAAUUGUAGAAUAAGAUUUGUAAUAUGUUUUUGGGGUCAUAGGUCAGAUAUGUUAUGCUGGUUAAAGUGUUUCCACGAUCAUGCAUGAAUAUUUAUCUUCAUCAAACAUUGUUAAAAUAUUAGAACUGUAUAUAUUAAAUGUAAAGAUUGUUGUUUUUGUUGGUAAGGAUGAGUUGAUGCAUCUCAUUUGAAAGUAAUUUGCAUUUGUUCAUUCAUCAUGCAAACUAAAUAAAUUUAAUAACUAAA